GUUGUUGUGCUUUUGUUUCUGCACGCUUAAAAGCAAUGAUGAGGACGUUUACUAUAUCGUCCUCUAUCCCAGAAAUUUGUAAGACUGAAAAUUGUUUUUUGGGCAUAGAUGAAGCAGGAAGAGGUCCGGUUUUAGGGCCUAUGGUAUAUGCCGUCCUUUUCGCUCCUAUUAUAAAAAACACUGAGCUAACUUCACUUAAAUUUAACGAUUCAAAGUUAAUAAAGGAAGACAAGAGAGAAAAGUUAUUUAAACUAAUAAAAAUCACAGAGUAUAUAGGAUGGGCAGCAACAGUAAUUUCUCCUUUAGACAUUUCUGCCAAAAUGUUGCAAAAGGACAAAGUUAGCUUAAAUUCUUUGGCUUUUGAUGCUACUGUUGAACUUAUUAAGCACACCUUAAGUAAAGACGUUAGUUUGAAAACCGUAUACGUGGACACUCUCGGCCCACCAGGAACCCAUCAAGAAAAACUCUCAAAGGUAGCUACUUUGUAA